CGAACGAGGCGGAUUAUGGUGUUGGAUUCUCCCUGAAGUUGGCACUUCGAUCUGCAUUGAAGCACAUCAACAAUUGCAAGAACUGCAAAGCAAGGGUCACCUUAGUCCGGACAUUUUCGCCGGAACAUUUUGAGGAUGGGGGGUGGAACACGGGGGAGAUGUAACAGGACAUGCCCUUUGAGUGAAUCAGCGAUAAACAUGAGCGGCCUGGAAUGGGGACUGAGGAGCCUGCAAAUGGAAGAGAUUGAAAAGGCUAGGAAGAAAGGCGGUAAGCUCGGGAAAAGGUUUGGGGUUUUAGACGUGAUGAAGGCAAUGAUGAGACCGGAUGGUCACCCUGGUGAGUUCUGGGGAAAUAAAUGGAUGAAGGGUUAUAAUGACUGUGUUCGUUGGUGCUUGCCAGGUCCCAUUGAUGUGUGGAAUGAUUUUUUGAUGGCAGUACUUACAAGAGAAUCUUCAUAGUGAAAUGGCUUUUAGAUCCAAAGUAG